AGGAAUGGAAAGGAAAACACAUGAACUUCCUGCUCAGUUAAUGUUAGUGUCAGUGCGAGGAGACAUUUGAAAAAUUCAAACAUCACAGAGAGAAUAAAAUCAGGGCCUUGACAGGUGGUCCACUGAGGUGUUCAGGUUCUGUUUUGUUUGUUUUGUGAGGCACCAGACAAAGGCACUGCCUUCAGGCUGACGUCAAAGAAGCAUUAGGAUGUGUGGCACACUCCUGCUGACCUUUCCCCCAGCAUCUCACAGUUGAAGGGGGCUGAAGGGACCCCUGAGGUCAGCAGCAGUGCGCUUCACCAGCAGAGAGGUUUUCCCGCCUUUGAGGGUGUGUACUGUUCCUCCUCAGCCCACUGAGGACAAGGAGUGCACAGGGCAGGGCAAGGCAGGGUGUCCUCUCAGAGGAACCUGCAGCACCUGCUCCCUCUCUCUGUGCUUCUGCCAAGCAAAAGGCUGCGCCCUGAGCAUGCUGCACUCUGGAGCCUGUGGGAGCAUCUCACUUCUACGCAGGCACUGGCUGUAAGCAAACUGCGGGACAGAGAGGCAAACAGGGCCACUGUGAGCUGGUGGACGGAACUGGCUGGGAUUGCAGCAGAUCGUACUGCCAUCUUCUUGCAUUGCGAUACAUCUUGCAAUUGCAUGUUGAAGAUUCUUGGUCACUGGCUGAAAUGUUCUGGAAAUCAAUGAAUCACAGCCAUGAAGAAAAUCAAUGUGGUGAAUCUUGAUAAACUUUUAGAUAACUUCUCAGAGAUAGAAAAGAAAAUUUCGGAAAUUAAUGAAGCAAACAAACUAUUACUUCUUCAGCUGGAAAAAUCCAACAGGUUGUUAACAUUAAGCCAAUCAAGGGAGGAAUCAGUAAAAGAAGAAUGUACUGCUCUACGGAAUGUGAUAAAGGGUCUUAUACAAACUCUUGAAAACCAGUGUAACAUAAAAGGUGAAAAUGAUAGACUGAAGGAAAACAUUCAUAUCUUGGAAGAUAAGUUAAAGGCUACUGAACAGGAUUGUAAAGAUCAGAUUGAGAAACUCACAGUAGAAAUUCAAAACAAAGAGGAAGACCACAAAUUAGAAAUAGCAAACUUGAAUUCCAACAUGAGAAAAAGAACUGAAGCAAAAGAGAUGGAGUAUAGGGAACAGAUAGAAAAAAAGGAACUGGAAAUAAUAGAGCUAACUAGACAGCUGAAAACUCAAGAUGAAGAGAAGCAGAAUGAAAUAAUUAAACUGCAGAUAGAGUUCAAUGCUAAAUUGGCAAGAGUUCAGAACAAAACAACAAAAUCAUUUUCAGAUGCUUCUGUCUUGCCACAAAGUAUCUAUCGAAGGAAACUACAGCACCUCCAGGAGGAGAAAAACAAGGAAAUUGAAAUCCUCCGAAACACCGUAAGAGACUUAGAGCAACGUCUCAAUAAAGGCCAAGAUUUGCACUUAAAACGGAGGCGGUUUUGAGUAAUAACAUGAAGCAUUUCAGUAGAAUAUAUGAUAAGAAACAGCACAUUUUAAAUGGCGCAUUUGAAAGUAAAAACAAAAUACAAAGAAAUGCUGAAUAUUUUUUAUUGAAAAGUCUCUUGUCAAAUAUUCCAAAGGCAGGCAUUUUGUUUAUAUUCAGUACUACUUUCCUGCUAAUUAGCAUUCACCACAAAAAGAUUCAGUUUUCAUAGGAGUAAUAAUUUCCCUAUUCAAACAUCAUUAAUUAUGGUGUAUGCUUUCAAAGCAGCUUUCCUUUCUUGAAUAC